AGCAUCGCGCCGAGCUUGGCGUCUGUAUGAGUGCACAGGACGGUCGGCAUGAUGCGCAGAGAAUGCGAUGAUCUCGACAACGGGUCCUUACCCAACAAACAAGGACGAAUGGAUGGUUGUUCCCCUCUGGGAGGUCCUUCCCCACAGCAUCAAGGAGCGAACCUGUAUCUCCCACCAACCCCUUUCCAAGAGAAAUUGAUCGCCAAUAACCCGUUCGACGACAGCCACAAUGCUAGCGCACAUCUCAAGGGAAAUGUAGCGAAGAAUUUCCCGCCCGGGAAAGGUCAAUACAUGAGCCGCGAGAAUGGAGGAGCAAUGUACCCGUGUGGGGUGUGUCAUAAAGAAGUGCACGACAACGACCAGGCCGUAUUUUGCGAGCCGGGCUGCAACUUUUGGUUCCACAGAAUUUGCACUGGACUAACUGAAGCAGCAUUCCACAUGCUGACGCAGGAGAUCGCUGCUGAGUGGGUCUGUGAUAAGUGUGCUGUGCACAACAAAGUACCGCUUGUGAGAUUCAAACAAUAGGGCCGGCAUCAACUGUACAUAGAAGAGUUCAGAGUGUCAGCGGAUCGGACCAGAGCCUGGACUCCAGCUCGGAAAUCAAGCGGAAUCAACACAACGCCCUAUUCAAGAGCUGGCCGGUCCGCGACGUCAUCUACACAUCUGUAGGAUACGUAUCACCGAGAAAGAAAUUUACCGGUCGCGGAAAACAUCAGUUCGGCUGCG